UUGAAACUAUUUAUUUCAUUGCAUACUCUGAAUUCAGUGGUCUGUCGAAGGCUCGAAGAAUAACACUUUAUAGUUUAAUAUCAUCAAUUUUUUAUGUUCCGUAGGAGUUUAGUGGUGCACUAUCUUAAUUCUGAACCUGUGUGCAUCAUUGCACUGAGCAGAAAAUAAGUUGUAGAAAACUAUUUGAUCGAUCAUAGAAUUUAAUAUUGGAAACUAAAUUUGUGGAAUUUGUUGUUAUAAAAUAUAUAGUACGUAAUGCCAAUUUAAAAACAAAAUAAAACCCCUUCACAAAUUUGCAUCUAUUUCCAACUUUUUUGUGGGGACAUCUAUAACUAAUAUUACAUUGCAAAAAUGGAGGGGCGCAGCAACGCGCGCCAUCAAUGGUCUAGUAUACCUAAGAAGUUGGUCUACUAUCAGCCAUGCAUGCAUGCACGUCAUCUUUUUUACCCUGCACGCCCGCACACUCAACCAUCAAUCGUGUGUGCCUGCCUGCCUUCCCUACAUGGGCAUCACAUCGUUUGGCUGGAUAUGUUCCUUCAGUUUCUCAUCGGGCCGCUUCCUUUAUUCUCCAUAAUAAUAGCGUCCUUUAGUUUUUUCCCAAUGGCCCAUCGCACCACCUGCGGGCCCAUGGAGAUAAUUAUUUUUCGCUGGAAGAUCAACCAACCGUGCUCUCCUUGACUAUCCGCCUCCAUACGUUUAUCUGUUCCCAUUCUCUCGCCCCUCGCUUGAUCUCCUUUACCAGAAGCUCCGACGAUUUCUGCGGCUCGCCCUUUUUGGUGGUUGUCCACACCAUCCAUCGUUUACUGGGAUCAACGCAUAAUCCCCGCGAUGUCAUCUAUCUGCCGCCAUUCAGGAUCGAAGCUGCAGCCCACCGGCCGGCGCCAAAGGUUAUUCUCAAUAGUCAAUAUCACAGUACUCUACCCGUGAGGAUCUCUGCCGCCGCACAUCGUCGUUCCUAUCGCCCACUACAUCUGAAUGAACUCCUACGCCAGCUUAGCAACUACUGCCUGCUGGGACGAUUAAUCUUUCUACUCGUGUCUUGGUCUACACGAUUUUCUUUCUUGAUCAGCAGUUCGUCUAUCUCUCCCACUGAUGGAUUUUAGAGUGGCCAGGUCGAUUUUGCACAACUGAACCUUUUUUCUCUGCCUUAUCUUCCAGGUAUAUAUUUAUGUGCUGCUUUAUGCCGAUGGGGAUUUCCUUAUCUUGGAAAAGUGUAAUGUAGGCAAAUAGUUCUGGGGGAUUACAAGGUCAACUGCUCAAUUCAUAUGGAUACGGUUCAGCAUCUACAGUGAAAUCACAAGGGAGGAGGGGCAUCAAGGUAGGCGACAUAGUUGCUGCUGAGAGACCAUAUAACUCCAACUCUGUGCUAAAUCUGCAGUUCUGCAUGGACGUUCGGGGCAAGAAUGAGAACUGCCGCUAUAGCCAUGCCUCACUAUCCUGCAGCACAAUUGUGGAGAAUCACCUUAGUUUAAUUUUUCUCACCAUGCUUCACUUCCAUUCAGUGUAGUGGAUUCUAGCUAUUUGAGAGGGUUCAUGUGAAUUUCAUGAGCAUUAGUACUUAGUGAACCGAACAACAACUCCAGAACAUAGUGAUGCCUUCUGCCAUGGCUGCGUGCCCAAGGAAACGCCGCCACUCUAUGGUGGUUACGUCAGAUCAUGUCAUGGUGGUACCCUACAACUCUCCAUGGGCGUCAUCACUGCAUGCCGAUUUGCUUCUGCUGGUAGCUUGGCGCCUUCUGGAUGGUGACUUGAUGGACUAUGUUCGCCUUCGAGCUGUGUGCAAAAAUUGGCGGUACGCCACUAUUUGCCCACGCGGUCGUGGCAUCACCGAUUCUCGUUUCCACCCGCGCCGUUGGAUGAUGUUGCCCGAGGGUCACGGUCUCCACCCUGGCCACUACAAGCUCGGGGGGUUUGUUCGCUUUCUCAACCUUGACACGGGGACAUUGGUCCGUGUCAAGCUCCCGUUGUUCAAGAACCACUGCAUUCUUGACUCAGUCAACGGCCUCCUCCUCCUCCAGAGGGACGAGGACUCUGCCAUUCUCCUCCUCAACCCUUUCACUAGUGACAUCACUGAGCUCCCACCACUCUCCACCCUCCUCACGCAAGUGGUGAAACAGUCUGAGAUCACAGUUGGCCUAUGCUACUGCUAUCUCCUCAAACAUGGCAUGUCUACUGCUGUCUUCUGCAACAAUGACGGUACCACCACCGUCAUGAUUAUCUUGCAUCAUUUAUCACAGUUGGCCUAUGCUACCUCCCAAGACAAGCAAUGGAUCAUGGCGAGCUGGGAUCUUCCGUUAAACAUGAAAGCUUUGUCAUGUCAAGGCAAGUUAUACUUGGUGCAGUAUCCUGCAUCUCAUGGUUCACAGGUUCUUCAGAUUGACCCACCCUUGCAGGUUGGUUCGCCGCCACCACGGCCAAAGUUAAUUGCCACAUGCCCAACAAAUAAACUUGUCUAUGGUUAUCAUCUGGUAGAAUGUGACUCGAACAUCCUUCUUGUUUGCCAUACCGAUGAUUCUCGAUCACCCAUUUUGAUUUACAACCUUGAGAAUAUUACUGCGGGAAGGUUUACCCCGGUAAGAAGCAUUGGAAAGCAUGCCCUCUUCCUCGGAGAAAGGAGUCUGAGUGUCUCCUCUAAGGCAUUGCCUACUAUCAUGGCUGAAACUGUCGUCUACAAAGAACCAAGGGAGCAUCGCUUUGUGCAAUACCACCUCGGUACUGGCAAUUGGUCUGAACCAGUUGACGAAUGUGGCAUCUAUGGAUAUAGCCCCGGUCCUCAUAGCCUCAUCCAACAUAUCAUUACUUGUUGCAUUCGUCGUGCUUGGAACAAAGGGUUGAUAUAUUCUGAAGCGGAAGCGUAUAAGCCUGGAUGGCUCACCUGGAAGGUUAAGAGAAAGUUUCGCCAUUGGUCUUAAAGUGAUGCAAAAGCAUGUCAAUGGAUUUCAAUUCUCCUGGGUUUUACACAGAUGAAUGAACAAGAGAGGAGAGCUUAGUUAUUUUAAAAAUACCUUUGUCACCGUUUCCUUGUUACAACAACUCAUUCCCGCGGUGCCUAUCGUUACUUUGAGACAAAUAAAUGAACUUUGAUACUUGUAGCCAUGUAGCGCACAAACAAACUGUGCACUCAUGAAAGAUACAAGUACAUUGCUUGCUAUAUAUGAAUAUCCUACAUGAUCAUGAAGUGUAUUAUUGGACAUAGGGAAUUAUUACAACA